AUGGACAGUCUCUACUUCAUUGGCAAGGCGCAGUUUCACCAGCUCGCCACACACAUCUCUCUCUACCACGAGGACAUGUCCGCUGGCUACAAGCACCUCAGCACAGAUGCCGUGAUGGCGGUGGGGCUGAAGCCGCACAAGUUCACUUACUGGAAUGUGCCCAUGAUGAGCGGGUACCUCGGCAAAACGGUGCCGCUCGACAUCCAUGGCGGGUACGUGAUGAUCGACGAGGAGAAGGUAAUGCCGAUGGCGACGAGCUAUGGCAUGCUGCGCUACGCUCUUCUGACCAGUGCCGUGCGCGCCAAGGAGGGCGGGCGAUGGCGGUACGACUUUAUGACCAUGAACAGCACCCUCGCCAUCGGCACCGCUGCCGGGUUCGGUCUUUUGUCAUUCGGCCGCAAGCGCAUUGGCUGGAUGCGGCGUCACCCGGUCGGUUCUGUCAUGGCGAGCUUUGUCGCCUGCCUUACCACCACAGUAAUUGCGCGCCAGGGCAUCAAGGCCCUGGGCAUCGGCAUUGUUCAGGCACAGAAUAGUCACAAGAGGGCGCUCAAUUGCCUGCACUGCGUCGACUGUCUCGAAGACGUUAAUACGUACACGCUAAAGCAGAUCGAGGAACUGAAGGCACAGCAAAUCCCGCAGCAGGCAGGCAUGCCACCGCCGCCGGAGGAGUAUGUGCGACGCUUCAAGAAAGGUGUAGAGAUGCAGUGCAGACUGCUCGAGACCGACAUGGAAGAGGUGCGCCUCAUCCGCAAGUGGGCUGGAGCGUCGCUCUGUGACGUCCAUCAGCACCUCCGCGACGACCCGAUGGGCUACACGGAGCCGCACGGACUCGUACUUCUCGCUUCCGACCGCGCACGCGCAGCUGAGCGACCCCCGCUGGCGCCAAAGCCCGACGACGACAAGGGAAUAAGACCUGCAAAGAACUAG